UCAGGUCACGUGGCCUCGCGGCCAACUGGAUGACGGCCUGAACGGCAACAACAAACAUGGCAGCGGCUCCGGAGAGGAGCUGGACGGAGGAGAAGGAGAGGACGCUCAUUGCGUUUUUCUCCAAGAACAGCUGUUUGUGGAACUACAAGUCAGAGAACUACAAGAACCGGGAUCUGCGAUGGAAAACCCUGGAGCACCUCCGGAUCCUGCUCUCCUUCCAGCCGCCUCCCGUUCCGUUCACAGUGGAAGACAUCAAGAACAAGUUUAAGAACCUGCGUACGACGUUCCAGCGCCAGUACAAGCUGGUGCGUCAGAGCGGCGAGGCCGGCCUGGUGCCGCAGUGGAAGCACUACCAGCAGCUGAGCUUCCUGCAGGGCUGCUGCGAGCCAGAGGAGGGCGCCGACGAGACGCCGCCCUCCCCGCCUGCAGAGGAGAGCUGGCUCCCGCCCACCUCCCCCGGACUCGGCAUCUCCUUCCUCCACUCCUCUUCCUCAGGCGGCGCCGCUGGGAGGAGCUUAUGGACGGAGGAGAGGGAGCGGGAGCUCAUCGCGUUCUACGCAGAGCACGGCUGUCUGUGGAACAGGAAGUCUGAGAAUCACAACAACCGGCAACUCAGACAGAAACUCCUGGAGUCCCUCAGGAUCCGGCUCUCGGACCAGCUGGUUCUGUUUUCUGUGGGAGACGUAAAAUCCAAGUUCAAGAACCUUCGGACGGUUUUUAACCGGGAAUUCAAGGCGGUCCAGGCGAGCAGAACCUCGGACCAACCCUACGUGUCCAAGUGGAAACACUUCCACCAGAUGCUCUUCCUCUGCGAGUCGUUUGAGGAAGACGAGUUUCCUGACGGCCCGCAUGAAGGAAGCCGGACUUCCUGCUCCCAAAGCGGCGUCUCCGCCUCCUCCUUCGACGCCUGCAGCAUAAAGACGGAGAGCAACACCAUCAGCUGCUCCGCCUUCCAGGGUUUGUUCCCAUCAGCUCCAGACCAGACCGAGCUAAUGGAUCCCAGAGCGCCGUCCGGAUCGCCGCCGGACAGGAAGCCCGGUCGGGUUUUGGUUCCGGCUGACGACAGGGCGAGCGGCGAGUCGCGCUGCCUCUGGAGCGAAGCCAAAGUUCAGCAGCUGAUCUCGUUUUACGCCGAGCACAGCUGCCUGUGGAACCAUCGGGUCGACAGCUUCCGGAACCGGCUGCUGCGGCAGAGCCUGCUGGAGACGCUGAGCGGCCUGCUGUCCGCCGGAGAGCCCGUCCCGUUCACAGUGGAAGACAUCAAGACGAAGUUCAGGAACCUGCGGACCAUCUUCCAGCGGGAGCACAAGGCGGUGAGCGCCAACAGAACCUGCGGUUCCGAGGAUUUCUACCUGCCCAAGUGGAGGCACUACCUGGACCUGCUGUUCCUCUGCGACUCCGACAGCGACGAGGCCUUCGCCCAGACCCGGCCCGCCUCCGCCCAGAACCCGGCCGUCCCGCCGGCCCCGACCCCGCCGCGCUCCUGGCUCUCCUGCUCUUCCUCCUCCUCCUCCUCGUCUUCGACCCGCAGCAGGAAGCGAGCGGGCCGGCCGGCGGCGGCGCCGAGGAGCGGGCGCCGCGGCGAGGCGCCGCACGCCGGCUUCCUGAAGUACGUGGAGGAAUGUCUGAACGAGGCGCCGCCGCACAAAGUGAAGAGGAUGAAGAAGAAAAUCAUCGAGACGAUUCACAACCUGGAGGAGGACGGAUGAAAAACACUUCAAAAAAUACUGUAGAGUUUACAGCAAAGUACUGGGCCACUGAGAGAAUAUAGAAAUAAAAUAUGAGAAUAAUGUCAAAAUAAUAACGACAAAAAGAUUAAAAAAUAAAAUAAAAUCAUCAAAUUAUAAUAA